AUGGCGAGUCAGAUGGCUGAGCGAUGCAGUGGCUCAGAGCCCAAAAUUCUCACCGCAAGCAUGGUGUACUGGUGGGUGGUGUCCGACCGAUUGUGGAGACCAUGGGUGUGUGGCAUCUCAUCUUUGGGUGUCGAUCACACCCAGGACUUGGGGGAUACCAUUGAGAAGAUUGCCUGGCAUAAAGGGGGAAUCUUCAAGCCAGGGGUUCCAGCCUUCACUGUGAAGCAGCCUGAAGGGCCUAUGACGGUUUUAAAAGAGCGUGCCGUGGAGAUUGGGUGUCCGCUGUGGAUGUGCCCAGAGCUGAAUGAGUACAGAGCAGAGGCCACCCUGCGUCUGGGCCUGGCUGGGCAGCAUCAGUGCUCCAAUGCCUCCCUGGCCCUGCAGCUCAGCCACACCUGGCUACAGAGACGCUGCUUGCCAGAAGAUAACCUCCCAUUCCUAACAAGGGAAACCACAACUGUUCCCUUGGCCUCAGCCUUCCAAUUAAGCCCAAUCAUGGCAAAAGGACUAGCAGACACAGAGUGGCCUGGCCGCACACAGACUCUGGAGCACGGCCCUGUCACCUACUUCCUGGAUGGAGCCCACACCAUGCGCAGCAUGCAGGCAUGCGUCCACUGGUUCAGCAAUGCCGCCGCUCAGCACGAGAAGAGGGCAGGUGGACCUGUGGUCCGAGUGCUUCUUUUCAACGUUACAGGAGAGAGAGACUAUGCAGCCAUGCUGAAACUGUUGGUGCCUUGUCAUUUUGACUUUGCUGUGUUCUGCCCCAACAUAACUGAAGCCAUAGCAUCAUGUAAUGCAGACCAACAGAACUUUGAAGUAUCUGUGGAGAACAUGCUGACCCGCUGCUUGGACAACCAGCAGAGCUGGCGUAUGCAUACCGGCCAGGAGGAGGGGCUGAAUGCUGCGGGGCUCAUCCAUGACCAUCUCCCCCUGAUGGCCAAACACAAGAGCGACACCCUUGUUUUCCCCUGCAUCCUUAGCGCCCUCCAGUGGAUCUGCCAGGGAAGGGACUCUGUCCUGGCAGACACGGCCAAAAUAGCCGUACCAGUCAAGGACAGCAUCACAGCGAAAGCAUCCCCCUUACGAGAGGCCACUGGGAUUCACAUCCUUGUCACAGGCAGCCUCCAUCUUGUAGGAGGGGUGCUGAAACACCUUGACCCUUCCUUUUCUUUGUAAAACACCAUUUGAGACUUCAAGUUUGUGGAUUGUGUAUAAGUAGUUUGAUAUAAGUGAUGGCAUACCUCUGGGCUUGUUCCAUGUGAAAAAGCAGAAUCUAUGCCUAUAGAAUAAUGUUUAGAUGGGGUGUAUGGUAGGAGUUAGUGGCAUCACUGGUGGGUUUAAUUUGGUUAAAAUAUCAAAUUUAAUAGGCUUGGCAGAUAACAGCUGACAGAGAUAUCGAAUUUAGUCUUGUUUAAUAUGAAUAUAUGAUAACUAUAUGACCUGGCAAGUACAACUUGAUGCCAGAUGUUUUAGCCAGAAACACACAGCUGCCUUCUGUGUAUUGCAAACAUUAAGCCUCACCCUACUUGAAGCCAAAAACUGUUUACACUGACUCUCUUCAGGGACAUUCAUUGCCUCAUUAAGUGGCAUGAUCAUAAAUUGCAUAAGAUGUGCUUUAAAAGCUUCAGCGUUUAUUAUAUAUUUUUAACUUUUAUCACAAAAAUGGCAUCAUUCAAAUGUGUACCAAUUGAAGAUGAAGGCUUAUAGCUGUUUGGUCAUUUUUAGGCUCACAUUCACUUUUGGGGGCUCGUCCGGGAUCUUGACUGCUCGGACGUCUUGGUGGUCGGUGAUUGAGGUGUGGUGUUUAGGGGUGUGAGUAAAGGACUAGCUCACUGGCUAAGUGAGGGUUGCUGGUUGUGUUGUAGCUCUGUGUGUAUAGUGUCUUUGGUGUGGUGUUAUUAGUGUCUAGAGUUAAGUAUGGCGGUAUCUGCUGUUUCAGCAUUUGUUGACCCUUCGUGUGAAGUACUAUCAGGGAUGCGUAAAGCGGACCUGUUAGUUCCAUGGCCAAACCUGUUGAAGUAUUUACUGACCAUAAUCCCUUGGUCUUCUUGAACCGAAUGUACAAUCAAAACCGCUUUGAGCUUUGAUUUUACAGAGCUAUAACAUCAAUAUCUGUCAUAUUAACCCUUGUGUUAUC